UUUGCCAAGGCCGGAGUAAGGGUCAACUCAUGUUCAAGUCAAGGAGCAGCAUGCAAGACAUCAAGACAUCAUGCAAGACAUCAGGAAAAAAGGAAAGGAGGGGGGGCAGUUUCUACACUACACUGAACUGGAAUACACGUACCACGGAGCUGGAAUGUUACAACAGUGACAGGGAGCCAGUUGGAUAUCUACAGGAAAGUUCCCAAAGACCUUACUCAGCCCACAUACUCAGGAGCUGUUGGUGCAAUUGCAAAAACCAUCUAACACUAUGUAGAAACCUUCUCUCAUGAGGACCACCACGGGAAAGGAAGACCUUGAGUUACCUCUGCUGCAGGGAAUAGUAUCCAUUCUCUGUUGUGUUUUUAUGUUGUUCCUGUUCCUGUCUGAGCUGACUGGGUUUAUAGCCACUGAAAUUGUUAAUGAGCUGUAUGUGGAUGACCCUGACAAGAGCAGUGGGGGGAAGAUUGAUGUGAGUUUAAACAUCAGUUUGCCAAACUUAAACUGUGAUUUGGUGGGUCUUGACAUCCAGGAUGAGAUGGGUCGUCAUGAGGUGGGGCACAUAGACAACUCCAUGAAGAUUCCUCUCAACCAUGGAUUUGGCUGUCGCUUUGAGGGAGAGUUUACUAUUAACAAGUUUUGUCUGUGUGUCCACCUCCAGGUACCUGGUAACUUCCAUGUAUCGACCCACAGUGCCACAGCCCAACCCCAGAGCCCUGACAUGACACACAUUAUUCACAAACUGGCCUUUGGGGAAAAACUACAGGUACAACAUGUCCAAGGAGCGUUUAAUGCAUUGGGAGGUGCGGACCGGCUGGGUUCUAACCCUCUGGCCUCUCAUGACUACAUCUUGAAGAUAGUCCCCACAGUGUAUGAAGACCUGAGUGGCAAGCAGCGCUUCUCCUACCAGUACACAGUGGCCAACAAGGAAUAUGUAGCCUAUAGCCACACAGGAAGGAUCAUCCCAGCUAUUUGGUACCGUUAUGACCUCAGUCCAAUCACAGUCAAGUACACAGAGAGGAGACAACCCCUCUACCGGUUUAUAACCACCAUCUGUGCUAUUAUCGGCGGAACAUUCACUGUUGCUGGUAUCAUAGACUCCUGUAUAUUCACAGCCUCUGAGGCCUGGAAGAAGAUACAGAUAGGAAAGAUGUCCUGAGAGCAUAACAAUAUCCUAUCCAGACGUCUUAUCACGCCGUAUCCCUACGCCAACACACUACAUAUUUAUAACAUCCGAGGGGUUCAUCUCAAUAGUCUAUGUAGCUUCCUCGUCUCAUCUCCGUUUUUGGCAAAUAACUUAGUCAUCAAACCCAGUGACCUGAGUUUCUAAGCCUUAUGCUCUACCGCCAAAGUCACGCAGAACUUUGUCAGAAGUCAGAAGAUGUGUCGAUGAGGAGACAAAGCCACUUUAGACUUUUGAGAUGCUCCCAGACAAUUGCUGGAUGUUUCCCUGUACAGGAUGGAUGGUCAACUGAAGGAAGUUUGGGGACAAUCUGAAAUGGCCCCAUGUAAUCUAUAUUCUUCACUAUGAGUGGAACAGGACGGUCAUAAGAUCGUUAUCUGUAUACACAAUGGGAUGCUCUUUGGAACUGUUCUCAUCAAUUGUUUCCCCACUUGUUACUUUCAAAUACUCUGUUUGGAAAAAGUAAUGUUUUGUACUUUGUGACCUGGUGUCGAUAUUCUAUAACUAGUGUAAAAUUCCAGAAUACCUUACAUGCUGUAUUUGAGGCUACAAAUAAUCAUGCUGUUAUAAUUCAUAAAUUGUGCCUUGCGUUUUUAAAGCCCGUGUCAUAUGAUGACAUGUCCCCCAAAUGCAAGUCUGUUGCCAUUGAUUUAAACGUUGUGGAACGGUUGGUCUUUCAUUUCAAUAUUGACUGAAGUCUUCUUAUUGGCAUUGCAUAAUGAAUCUCAGGCUCUACUGUAGAUUUACUUCAUUAUACAGAUUAGUAACUCCACAACAUGCAUUUGUUCUGGAUGUACAACAUUUUCAAUCAUUGGUCUAUGCCUCCUGCUCCACCUAUUCUUUUUAUUAAGUCAGAGAAUAUAACGUUCAUUGAAUCAUCCUGAUCUGCUCCAUGACCAUCUGCUUUGCUUGUGAAUGUUUUACUUUGAUCAACUUCCUACCUUAUAUUUUCCAGCUUACUUUCUUGGAGGGUUUUUCAAUGUUUUAAAACCCUUGUUUCUGCCAAAUAUUUGAGAUAGUGUAUUUUCUUAGUUCCCAAUUCCUUUGUGUAUUUUACACUUGGUUUAUGUGUUCAGUUUUGUUUAUUGCAAUUUCUAUCAAUCUUUUUCUAAUGCGGUUACGAGGUUUUCUACAGGAAAUGGUAUUUGUAGUUCAAUCCCUAUUGCCUAUAUAGUGCACAUUAGAAGGAAUAGACACUUGGGUAAUAACUUGGUGAUAACUCUGAUGAAUGAUAUUGAUGAACAGAACUCUUUGUUGAUACUUUAAUAUUUCUGGUAGGUCAUCUACGAAUCAGAUUGUCAUCAACGUAAUUCACUUUUACUGGUAGCAGAAAAGUUUUCUGUAUUAACCACGGAAUGUAUUCUAGUUUCCAUGUGCUCCAGCUGACAGAAGAACAUAGUCCUUCUCCUUUCUGUAUAGAGCAUAACUUACCCUGCAUUUAUGUCAUGUCAAAUCGAUUGGUGGAUUAACUCACAAGAAAAGCAAGAUCCGUUCUCACCACUAAAAGACAGUUUUGGCUAGGUGUGACAUAAAGCAUAGAAAAACAUAAAAAUCGCACAGUCAUGCUUCCUUCUUUGAUGAUACUAUGAUUUGGAGCGCUGUUUACUUGCAUUUGUACUAGUAGGAAUGUAAUACAGUAUUUUGGGAUUUCAUGAUCUGAAGGCAGCAUUGGUGAUUGGUAGUUACACGCUGGUCUGUUUCCUACUUCCUCAUGACAACAGAACUGCCUGAUCUCAGACUAUUCAAUUGGUGUUUUCAGGACAACUGGGAACCACACCAAAACCUGGUCAAAUUACAACAUCACCUAUCUUCAUGUCAGAUAGUUGGAGUGUCCCACUUGGAAGUUGGACCACUGUUCAAAACACAGUUCCUAGUUUUGUUGAAUGCACUACAGUUGAAGGUCUAUUAGGUCUAUCUACAGACAACUGUGCAAAAUCCUUAGGUCUCCUGAGAAAUAUGUUUAAAACUGUUUAUAUGGGCAAUAAAUGUUUCUGUGUGAUGGCCACA